AUUCGGUGAAUCAAGCGGAGGCGCCUUUGUAAAUAGGAGCGGCGGAUUUUUCGAUUUGGUGCGGGAGAUCAACCUCAUUACACCUGUCUUUGUGGAUACGUGCCACCGGGUGAUGGCGUUAUACCAUCGGAGCUCGGAAAAACGGCGGAUAUUCAACGAUUUUCGUCGGCAAGAGGAAGAAGUGAUCGGCAGCCUGGUCAGCCGUCUCAGCAAUCGCCCGACGAGUCCCAAGACGCAGAUGGAGCAGGAGAAGAGGAUUCGUCGCGAGAUCGCCAACAGCAACGAGCGCAGGCGCAUGCAGAGCAUCAACGCCGGUUUCCAGUCGCUGCGGACGCUUCUGCCCCACCACGACGGCGAGAAGCUCUCCAAGGCUGCGAUAUUGCAGCACACAGCUGAGUACAUCUACCAGCUGGAGCAGGAGAAGACACGCCUGCUGUCGCAGAACAGCCAACUGAAGCGCCUCCUCAACUGCCAGAUGAGCCAAGACAGUGAUGGUUCUUCUUCAGAUUCGCCCCUGCCCAAGCGCAAGAAAGGCGACCACUUGGAUGAUGAGGGAAUCGCUGGAAUGAGCCCACAGGACACUGACACAAAGGAAGACGUUCUGCGUGAGCUUGUUGACCUCAGAGGGCAGCUUGAUCGGGAGAGAAGGCUGCGAAUGAUCCUAGAGGACCAGGCACGUGGAAUGGAAUCGCAGGCUUACGCUGAACGGAUCAGAGAGGCACCUGCUGUGGCACCUCAUCUCAAGGUCAAAACAGAGGAUGUCGCUGACACAACACCAACCGCUUUGGUGGUGGCCCAGCCUACUCCCGAAUUAGUGGCGCCGCAGUUCUCUUCAGCACCGGCGCCUGUCACCUUACCAGCAGGUGGUGCCAGCCCGCCGAGAGCACACCCACAGCCGGCAGAGCCUCUGCCCAGCCCCACAGCCGAUCUGCCCCAGGAUCUGAGCACGCACUCCAUGCAGCCCGCAGCACCUGCUGCAGGUACUGUGGCGCCCACCGUGGCUGUUCGGGAGGAGGCCGUUGCGCCGCCGCUUCAGUCCUCUCCGUGCACGUCACCAUACCAUGCCAGCACGUCCCGCCAAAACUUGGAAACCAUCGUGGAGGCCAUUCGGCACCUCGAGGGGGACCACCUGUUCCGUGAUGAUGAGCCCCACAGCGCUGCGCCCGAGCGAAUGAGCCCCCCCGGCGGCGACAGCGGCAUGCUGCGCAGCAGUUUGAAUGUGCUGGUGGUUCACGAGCCUGCGCUGCGUCAGCAAGUGAUCCAGUGCGGCACGGCGACGCGUCGGCCCGGGGUCAUUGUGGCGAACCACUCUUAACGGCUGUCUCUCCAUGGAGGCCAUUUUCUCCCAGGGUGGGGGGAGCCCGGUUCACCCUCUCUCGCUCUUCUGCGCUACUGCUUGGCCGCAACAAAAAUACAAAUCUGGAGUGUACACGCCCACACAUAAAACAAGAGGGCCACCGGUGGAGACAUACACGUAUACAAGUACAUACACGCGGAACAGGGACACACAUAUACGUAUACCUACACCACAGCAUUUUCAAGUGUUUGACACUGCGUGGGAAGGGUAAGGGGACAUGCCGAGACACUUCUGAGAAAGUGCAUUCCAGGUUACGGGGACAAAAACUCUUGAAACUUUUGUCAGGCGAUGCUCUCACUGCCUCCUGGUUCAUUUUGCAUAGCUUAAAUGCCAUUUUACACAACUCGUUCUUGUGCUAUCUCUAGACCGAAGCAGCAGCAAGGUUUUGUGUGUGCGUUCUGUUUACCCUUCUUUACUCCCCAUUCUUCUAAUGAAACAUGCCAAAAGAGCUGUUUACAGUAGUGUAGUGGCUAUUAGUAAAUGUGGUCAUGUUAUUGUGCCAGAGUUUUCAAGUUAGCUCGCUACCUUGACAAGCAGAAUUUUGAUUUCCCCUGCAGCGUUUGUUCUCAUUGCACCAAUUCUGGUUCGUUUUGCCGUCAUUCUUCAGUGGGAUAAGCCUGGUAUGUUAGUGUGCAACUCUCGUUCAACAUUCGAAAGCGUUUUGUCGGCUAACAUGAGUGGUGUACAUACAUUUGUAUGGAUGCUUUCUUUUGUUGUUGUGUUUGUUCAAUUCUGCAUUGAUUGACCCCGCAAAAGCUUUGCCAGGGUCCUUCAGCUUGUGGCAUUGACCAAAUGGGCCAUAGUGCACUGUCGUUGGCUUCUAUAGUGCAAACUGCACCAGUGCAUACUUGGACACACAUUGUGAUUCGUGAACUGAUGAAAGUAGGAGGUGGGGGAGAAAAAGGGGGGUUGAACACAGUAAUGUAAAGGCGACGGAGAAUGGCGAUAGCAGAAGCACAGCGGAAUGGUGGAUCUUGCUUCCGUUUAGUCUGUAAUAUACGGGGUGGGGAAAGAUUUUCGGGGGCUGUACAGUGUAAGAAAACAAAUCGUGAAAGUCUAGUGCAAUGGUCUGUGGGUGGUUCCUUUGGGAAGAGAGAGAGAGAAGGAGGCGUUUAAAUUUUUUAACACAAAGCAGUUUUUUGCUCUAUACAAGGAAACUAUACAUGUAUAUGUAUAAAUAUAUAUUAUACGGCGCACUUAUCUGUACACAUCAGAUCAUGCAAGCUGGCUGGAGGCAUGCCUCACUCAUUGUCUCAUAGGGUUGAAAAAAAAAAAAGGCAGUUACUUGUCUGGCAACGUUUAUUGUUGAGUUUUUCUUCCUGUCUGCAUCGGCACACUGAUUUGAUUUUGUGUGUCAAGUGUUCAUAUGUUCAUGACAGCGGCAGAGCAAAAACAUUCUAGCGAUUGCGUUGUUCCUCUGUGCCCCUUCCUCCCGUGACAUAUUCAUGGUUCGCACUGUGCAUAGUUCAUACUUUAACCUCUUCCAAGGAUAUUAGAGGUCAGUGUGUGUUCAUUCUUCUCUUAGAAAACUUCACGAUCGAAAUGCGUUCGUGAGGAGCUAUCUUUGUAGUGGUGUGCGUGUGCCAUCCGCCGUUAUAUUUAUGACGUCAUAUACAUCCUUUUCUCUUUUUUUUUUCCAAAUUCAUUUCAGGUACACAUGUGGCUGUUGUUAAACCUAGUCCUCCCCUCAUUUUCUUUUAAUCUUUCUCCCCAUGUACGAAUCUCGGCAGAUGCUCAUCUCUGUGAGGUAGCAUUCAUCUGGCAUUGAGCUCCAUUUCUUGACGCAUUUGCAUUCAUUGUCACAAACACGUGCCACCAACAUGAACACAACAGUCACACGCGGACACACCCAUCUGAACGACAUUAGACACUGUCUGGACACCUCCAUUUGGUGGGGAUGGCCGCUGUGAGAGAGCCUGUGAAUUUUACGGGUAAUGCAUUUCUUUCCGCUCUUCUUUUGUUUGUUCUUCUCGUUUGCCCUUGCCUCGAAGCUGAGAUUUUUUACCUCAAUGCAAAUCUAGAGGCAGCAGUGGCUACUUUUGUAGAGUGUUAAAACUUGAUCGGAGGAAAACAGCAUUGUGUUCUUAUUAGUGUGUCAUAUUCGUGCUUACUUCGAAAUAUUUUCUUUUUUUUUUUCGUUUUCAUCUUUCCGAGUUUUCGUAGUUGCAGUGGCCCAGCAACAGUUUGUGCAGUCUUGUGUUCCGAGGUUCAUUAUUUCCACUUGCGGCAUUAAGCGCUUGCAUAAGCUUUAUCCUUUGGCAUGCAUUUUAUUUUAUUUUAUUGAGUGAAAGUUUGUUUCCUUUAUGCAUGUGUGAAUGUGUAGAUGUGAGAGAGAGAGAGAGUUAUAACCAGGUGGGUAUAACAUUCACAACAUUCACUCAUGUCACAGAUGUGUACACCCAUCCUAAUUUAUAUCUCAUGUCAACCGCUGCCACACAACACACGGCCACUGCUUGCCGAAGCUAGUGUCGUCGUCGGUUGGUGUUAGGUCGGCGAAACGCCGGAUUCCUCUGUGCAUUGUUCAUUAUUACCACACAUAGGAAACAUUUGCAGCAUCUAAGUUGAGGUGGCGAGAAAGUGGGAGUUUUUUAUACGAGAGGGUCGAGGGCAACGUCCUUUAAAAAAAAAAGAUUUGUAUACGCAUUUCUUUUUUUCCCCUCUCUUUCCGUGAGUCUCUAGGACCACCCUGUUUUAAUUCAAUGCCAGGUUAAUGAGAGAGCUGUAGCCGCCAUGCCAAGUGUUUGUUACGACGAAUUCCACCUCUCAUAUUGGAGGAGCCACUUUGUUAAGCUCGUAACUAGCAGACCCAUAACGGACGGUGAAAACGCAUGACUGUCGUCAAUCGAUGGUUGCCGAAGAUGUGUGCAGCGGCGCAUCACUCUGCGAAACUUCCAGGUACUGCCCCGUUGUUGGCGCAACAGCAAGGGAUCUUUUGCAGUGCUCAUUAUAAACGACUUGACAAAAUUUCAAACCAUCUUUGAUUCGUCCUAUGGAAUUAUAACAUCUUUUAUCGGCUGCAGAGCAGAAAGAAGAACAGCUUCUCCUAUUGACCAGUGGAAUUCGUCCUAAGUCUACACCUGCUCUUCUCUCCGCUCGUGUUGUUGCUUGGGUCUUCUGUCUAAGCUUUUUUUUUCCGUGCCCCCCUCUUAUUCGCCAUCUUUUCCAUCCAUUGUAAAUUCAUAGUUGACAUUUAUUUUUCGAAGUGCUUGUUUUAUCAGAUAUAUGUGUUUUUUGUACCGUCAUUUUUCUUUUUACUUUUGUGUUAAGGCAUUGGAAUUGAGAACCAUUUGUACAUAUGUUCACCGGCUCUCGUUUUGACUUCCCUUUUGUUGGUUGUUUGCCUGCCUGUCCCAUUUGCCGUCUUUUGUAUAUCUUUGUAUGGGUGCAUGUGUUACUUUUCACGUGUGCUAGAUGAGCUAUUGCUGUGAGUUUCCGUGGGAGGGCCCCAUUGUCGCGAAUUUGGUUACUGUACCUUAUGAAUUGUGUGAAAAAUGUUAAAUGCAAUUUUUAUGGUUCACCUCUGUUUGAUAAUAUAUCGGCUUUAUCGUGAAGUUCAUAACUUGUGUUCAUAAAAGGCCAACGUCCAACAUUGAGCUGUGCAUGUAGAUUCUUUUUUCUUACGCCAUCCAUGUGUGAAAAAAAAAAUUGUGAAACUUCUCAUUAUAAAUUAUUUUCUUCAUUGUGUUUCUUUUAUGCUUCAUUGAUCAGUGGAAGUGUUGAGAAAAAGUUUACAAAAGCUUGUGUUCAGCUACGUUGGGUCGGCAACAGUCUGGGCCCCAACCAAAUGUUACGUCUCAAAUCAUGUCUCAAGUGUCGUUCCUAGCUUUUUGUGUAAUAAAUGUUUGUCAGUACUGA